AAAAUAAAAAAAAAUAAAAAAGCAAACUUUGCGUGUUUUGACUUUUGAUCAAACAUGGAGAGAGAAGGAGAAGGAGAAGCAACACGUAUAGAGAGAGAGAGAUGAGAUUAUGAAGGGGCUUUGAAACCCAUCAAUCUCCUCUUACCAGGUAAAUACCCUGUUUGUAUAAGUGUUGUGCAUAUUCAUAUAUUGUUCUUGUAUAUAAGCAUGGCGAAAUUUAAUGAUGCACAAAUCAAGAACAAGCCCCUUGGUUUUCGCAUCUUCGAGUGCGUCACCGGGAAACAAACUAGUCGUAAAAGCUACCAAACCGUUGUUUUGCUGCUCACAUUCGUCGCGUACACGAUGUAUCAUGCGACGAGGAAGACCACGAGCGUCGUGAAAGGCGUCCUCGACCCCGAAACCGCUAAAUUGGGCUUCUCCGCGAUCUGGCGGCCACGCCAAAGUACUACUCUUUUUGGAUCAAAGCGGGUCGGCCGGGGGUGGGCGCCGUUCGACGGUUCUGACGGCACUGCGAUGCUCGGCGAGAUCGACGUCGCGUUCCUCGCCGUGUAUUCCUUCGGCAUGUACUUUGCGGGGCAUCUGGGUGACCGUAUCGAUCUUAGGAUUCUGUUGACAAUCGGAAUGCUCGGGACGGGCGUUUUCACUUCGCUGUUCGGCGUGGGGUAUUGGCUCGACGUGCACAGCUUCGUCUAUUUCUUGGUGAUUCAAAUGGUGGCCGGUAUGUUCCAAUCCACCGGUUGGCCCUCGGUCGUCGCGGUCGUGGGGAAUUGGUUCGGGAAGAGGAAGAGAGGGCUCAUAAUGGGUAUUUGGAAUGCUCACACCUCGGUCGGGAAUAUAUCGGGCUCGUUGAUCGCUUCUGCUUUACUGAAGUACGGAUGGGGAUGGUCGUUUGUGGUCCCGGGGCUCAUGAUGUGCGUCGCGGGGAUUCUGGUGUUUCUGUUCUUACCGACUAGUCCCGAAGUUGCAGGGGUCGGUAAAGAGGAAGAGAUUUCGAAGUCGAAAGAGAAGGAAAACGGCAGCCUUGAGCAGCCGCUUUUACGGGCAGAAGCAGAAGCAGAAAACAAGGAGAAAGGGACCGCGGUCGGCUUCUUAGAGGCGUGGAGGAUACCGGGCGUCAUGCCGUUCGCUCUUUGCCUCUUCUUCGCGAAGUUGGUCGCGUACACCUUCCUCUAUUGGCUACCUUUCUACAUCAGCCACACUCCUAUAGGUGGCGUGUACUUAUCCGACUCGACGGCGGGCACUCUCUCGACCCUUUUCGACGUCGGGGGAGUGCUCGGAGGGAUCCUCGCGGGCCACAUCUCCGACAGCCUCGACGCUCGCGCCAUCACCGCCGCGAGCUUCAUGUACUGCGCCAUCCCCGCCCUCUUCCUCUACCGCGUCUACGGCUCCGUCUCCCUUGCUUGGAACAUCUCUCUCAUGUUCAUCGUCGGGAUGAUCGUCAACGGUCCCUACGCCCUGAUCACGACCGCAGUCUCGGCCGACCUGGGAACCCACGGCUCGCUGCAGGGCAACUCGCGGGCGCUGGCGACCGUCACCGCAAUCAUUGACGGGACCGGGUCAGUCGGCGCGGCCAUUGGGCCGCUCCUGACGGGCUACAUAUCGGCGCGGAGCUGGGGAGCGGUGUUCACAAUGCUAAUGGCCGCGGCGCUCCUCGCGGGGCUGCUCCUCACGAAGCUCGUCGUGACUGAGGUGCGGGCCAAGAUGUCGGCCGCGGUGCGCGCGGAAACCGUGUUGGUUUGAUGCAAGUUCGAGGUUCGAGAAAAGGGAGCACAAUGCUUCUUCCGCGAAGUGUGAUUCGGAUUCGAUUUCGUUUGGUUGGUGUCAAACUACGAUCGAUCGAGCAUCGAUCGAUCGAUCAUUUCCGACCGGAUCGGUUUCUUCGGAUUUAGCCUGCAUAGAUUCAUCAUUUCAUGAUACAAUUGGUUAAAGAGAGGCACCCCUUAGUGUUCUUAAUUUUCUACUGUGAUUCAAAUGUUGAAUUUGAAUAAAGUUGGGGAAAUGGAUAUGAAAAGGAAAAAUAAUAUUAAAAAUAGACCCAAAAAAAAAGAAAAAAAUGGGGGCCUAUAAGUUUUGUAUAUAUUUUUAUAUACUAAAGUUGUGGUGAUAGAGGGCUUGUUGAAUAUCUAUUCUAUGUAAUUCUAUGUAUAAUAUUUGCAUCUCCAUUUGUGUUUGAAA